AUCCUGCCACGCCCCAUCCAGCUUCAGCGCGGGACGGCAACGGUUCCACUAGAAGGAAUCGACGUCCCGUUUCACUCGAGUCAUUUGCGGAAUACAGUUGAUCGAUUCCGCCAGUGCCUCCUGCGGCCAGGCUUCCUGGUGGACAACGUUGAUGUGGAGCAGCUUGUAGGAAGGUAUAUCCCAAAUCUCAUGGCGCGACCAUUUUCAUUGGAGCGGGAGUAUAUUCAGGAAGCAUUCGAGCUGACCCAAAGUCCGAUUCUUGCGGAAAUUCUUUCGGAGUCAUGA